AUGAAUUAUUACAGAGAGAGUUGUCCGAGAGCGGAAGAGAUAAUCAGACAACAAGUGGAGACACUUUACUACAAACACGGCAACACAGCCGUGUCUUGGCUCCGUAAUCUAUUCCAUGACUGCAUCGUCAAAUCGUGUGAUGCGUCACUGCUACUAGAGACAGCAAGAGGUGUUGAAUCUGAACAAAAGUCAACGAGGAGUUUUGGUAUGAGAAACUUCAAGUACGUCAAGACUAUCAAAGACGCACUCGAGAAAGAAUGUCCUGGCACAGUCUCUUGCGCUGAUAUUGUUGCUCUCUCUGCAAGAGAUGGUGCUCACUCAGUGGGUAGAGUCCACUGCGUUAACCUAGUGCACCGGCUAUACCCAACGAAUGACCCGACUCUAGACCCAAAGUACGCUCUUUACUUGAAAAAGCGUUGCCCUUCUCCAAAUCCGAACCCGAAGGAGGUCUUAUACUCCCGCAACGACCCUGAGACUCCAAUGGUUGUGGACAACAUGUAUUACAAGAACAUCAUGGCUCAUAAAGGGCUCCUUGUCAUCGAUAAUGAGCUAGCCACCGAUCCUAGGACCGCACCUUUUGUGGCGAAGAUGGCUGCGGACAACGGUUACUUCAAUGAGCAAUUCUCACGUGCUAUCAGGCUCUUGUCCGAGAACAAUCCUCUCACCGGUGACCAAGGGGAGAUCAGGAAGGAUUGUCGUUAUGUGAACUAACUGAUUAUACUUUUAAAUAUAAUACCCAUAUAUAUCAUGUCUGAAUGUAAUCAUGUAUGUAUGUGUGUUAAUGAUUUGGAGUUAAUAAGAAGAAAUACCAAAACUUUGAUGGACUACGAUAUGUUUUUGGUACAUUAUGGAGUGAACUCGAAACAACUAGUCAAUCAAAUUUAU